AUUAAAUCAAAUUGAGUUGAAAAUAAAAAGCUGCCGCAGCAUAAGCCAAAAAAGUGACGGAAAAAUAUCAGCAAGCAAAUAAAGUGAAUAAAGCAGUGAGAAGAAAAGAGGCAAAAGCAGUUGGACCGAAAGGCCAAAGAAGACAUUGGAAUUUUGUGAGACACCAAACAUAAACGCGCCCCAAACAGUGCCGCUGGAAAAUCAAUUUUUUUUCGCUGGCAAAGAGGCAACGCAGCAGCUAACAUCGCCGCCGCAGUUUGUUGCCGCUGCCCAACCCAAAAGCUACAAAGCACUAACGUAGCAGCCAACUGCUCUGUUCGCUGCCUUCGUUUCCGUAUAAAAAAAUAAAUUGUGAAACACAAAAUCGAAUAAUCCGAAGGCAAAUUCACGAAUCAAUUAAAAAAGAUGGCGUAUCGUAAGCCAACCGACUUGGAUGGUUUCAUCCAAAUGAUGCCGAAAGCGGAUAUGCGCGUAAAAGCAUUUCUUGCAGAAGAUUUGGUGACAUUCCUCAGUGACGAGACAAAUUCUAUAAUAUGCAUGGAUAUGGGUUUACUAGUUGAUGGUUUAAUGCCAUGGUUAACCGGCAGCCAUUUCAAAAUAGCGCAAAAAUCACUGGAGGCAUUUUCAGAGUUGAUAAAGCGUCUUGGACCAGAUUUUAAUGCAUAUACAGCUACAGUGCUGCCACAUGUUAUUGAUAGGUUAGGCGAUAACAAAGAUACAGUACGGGAGAAGGCGCAAUUACUAUUACAAAAUAUGAUGGAACACAAAGUGUUAACACCUCAGAACACCAUCGAUAAAUUGGCCACAGUUUGUUUUAAGCACAAAAAUUCAAAAGUACGAGAAGAAUUUUUACAAACAAUAGUGAAUACAUUGAAUGAAUAUGGCACCUCACAAUUAGGCGUAAGAACAUAUAUACAACCGAUCUGUGGUCUACUGGGUGAUCCGUCACUAACAGUACGUGACGCUGCCAUACAAACGUUAGUGGAAAUUUAUAAACAUGUUGGUGAGCGUUUGAGACCUGAUUUAAGAAAAAUGGAAGAUGUGCCUGCUUCAAAAUUAGCUAUAUUAGAGCAAAAAUUUGAUCAAGUAAAAGGUGAAGGGCUUUUGUUAAAAUCAGCCAGUCUUAAUUCACAAAAUUCAAAUAAUGGGCAUGAUGAAGGUGAUAAUAUCAGUGUGAGGGAACGUCCUACAAGAAUAGUGAAGCGUAACUUGUCAUCAGCAAUGAGAAGUAAAGUAAACCUUGCUGAAGCGCCUGCAACGGGUGAUGCUGGUGCAGUAACGAUUGAAAUUUUUGAAGCAACAUUUGAACUUGUGCCACAGUUAACGAUAUUUCAUCCAAAGGAUAUGGAUGAUGUCUACAAAAAUAUACUUGUGAUUAUAAGUGAUAAAAAUUAUGAUUGGGAAAAACGUGUGGAUUCGUUAAAGAAAAUUCGCUCGCUUUUAAUGUUAAAUAUACACAGCCAACCGCAGUUUAGUGUUCAAUUAAAAGAACUUUCUUUAUCAUUCCUAGACAUUCUCAAAGAAGAAUUGCGCUCCCAAGUAAUACGUGAGACCUGCAUCACCAUUGCCUACUUGUCGAAGACACUCCGCAAUAAACUGGAUGUAUUUAGCGCAUAUAUAUUAGAUCAAUUAAUUAAUUUAAUACAAAACUCUGCUAAGGUGAUGGCCUCCUCGGCGACUAUUGCACUAAAAUACAUAAUCAAAUAUACACAUGCGCCAAAAUUAAUUAAAAUCCUUACAGAUACAUUACAAACUUCUAAAUCGAAAGAUAUACGUGCGGCAUUAUGUGAGAUAAUGUGCUUGCUGUUUGAGGAAUGGCAAACCAAGUCAAUGGAACGCUAUGCUACAGUUCUGCGGGAUACAUUAAAGAAGUGCAUUUCGGAUGCAGAUAAUGAUGCCAGAAGGCAUUCUCGUCGCGCGUACUGGGUAUUUAAACGACACUUUCCAGAUUUAGCAGAUCAAAUUUACGGCACAUUAGAUAUAGCUUCACAGCGUGCACUUGAGAGAGAACGUGAUUGCAGCUCACUUCCUGAUGACAGGCGAUCAACAACUGCUACAACACGCAUACAGCGUUCACCAGGAUCAAUACAAAAACCAGCUGCUGGCAUGCGUAGUGUGUCUGCAGUAGAUGCGGCAGCAGCACAGCGUGCCAAGGCACGUGCACAGUAUGCGCUAUUUGCAAGAAAAAAAGCGAAUAAUGUACCUACGAACAGCACCGUCACUGGAUCUUUACCCAGACCUAAGCUAAUGGCGACGAGUAAUUCAGCAAAUAUGCCCUUACAACAACAGAAACCUGAAGUACCCCCGCGUACACGUGGACGUGCAGGUGUUUCACAGUCACAACCAGGUUCACGUUCAACUUCACCUAGUUCGAAACUACGCGAGCAUCAUAACUACUAUCGUCCUAUUACUGGAACAAUCCCAAAGAAAGCGUCUGGUAUACCACGCUCCUUAGCUAAUUCUAGAGAAACGAGCCCUACGCGCGUAAAUAUGAAGCGUAGUAUGUACAGUACCGGUACGUCUCGUCGUACACCGGAUCGUAUCAAUUCCUCGCGCCCGUUAGCAGCUGCGCGUAUGUUACAACAGAGUCGCGAAGCUGAGAAUGCUUUAGCUGAUGCACUGUCGCCAGAUGGUACGGAUAGAGACUAUGGGGACUAUAGUCGUGGUUUCUCUGCAAGUGGACGAGUGGGACGUAGGUUGUUGUCACGCGAUGAAUCUGACGAUUCGGAAGCGUCGUCUGUUUGCUCAGAACGUUCAUUCGAUUCUUCAUUCACGCGUGGCAACAACUCAAAUUACUCACUAUCGGGUUCGCGCAAUCGGCUUGACUGGAGUUGUCCUCGUGCGCCCUAUGAAGAUAUAAACACAAUCAUUCAGUACUGUGCUUCGCAGCAUUGGUCCGAUCGUAGAGAUGGUUUGACGAGCUUACAGCAAUAUUUAUCCGAUGGAAAAGAAUUAACGUCACAACAAUUGCAAAAUAUACUUGAUAUGUUUCGAAAGAUGUUCAUGGACACACAUACAAAGGUGUAUUCAUUGUUCCUAGAUGUAGUUAACGAGUUAUUAUUGACUAAUGCUGAUGACUUACACGAUUGGUUGUUUAUAUUAUUGACACGACUAUUUAAUAAGCUGGGCACUGAUUUACUAAAUUCUAUGAACGGUAAAAUUUGGAAAACUUUACAAUUGGUACACGAAAGUUUUCCGACAGAUUUACAAAUGAAAGAUGUAUUUCGAAUACUAACAGAUGCAGCACAGACCCCGAGUGCAAAAACGAAAAUUGCAAUUUUAAAAUUCUUAACAAAUCUGGCGACUACCUAUUGUAAAAACACUGAUUUUCCCUCCGAAGAUGGUUCAUCACAAGUCGAAAAAGCAGUACUGAAGAUUGUGCAGUUGGCCGGUGAUCAGAAGAGCGUUGAGUUACGUGGACAAGCACGUCUAUGUCUUGUUGCAUUGUACAAUUGUAACACGCCGCAGAUGACAAAAGUACUUUCUGGCUUGCCAAAAGGAUAUCAAGAUUCGGCAAAGGGUAUCAUACAAUCACAUCUGCGUCGCAGUAGUACAUCGGGCACAAACUCGCCUUCUUCCUCGCCGCUCUCCAGCUCCAGUCCUAAGCCGCUGCAGAGCCCCUCGCUCGGCCCUUUCUCGUCACUACAACCACAGUUCAACACUAGUCCACGCUCACGUCAAGCCUCAGUCGAUCAUGAGCUUUAUUCAGAAGUCGAUGUGCAUCAAAAUAUACAUAAAACUUCGGAAGAAAUUCGUAAUUGUUUCGGACUCAUCGGAGUUACGGAAUCGUCAAUAACACGCCAAUAUCAUUCACUCUCAAACAACGCCAACGGCUACAAUGGCCACAUAAACGACCAUCAGGACUCUUACGCCUCAUCCAAUUCCAAAACACAAUCCGCUACAACAACGGAGUCAAAUACACCCGAAAGUACUACGAUGCGCUUAGAUGCAAAUCUGCUCGAACAAAAUCACAAAUCACACAGUCACAUGAAUACAGUCACAAGUGCACCAAUCGCAUCCAAACCAAAUAUGGAGUACAAAGUGGGUGCAGAUGGUGAAAUUAUAUUAGAAAAUGGUUUACGCGAAACAGAAAUCAUAAAACUCGCGUGUACGCUAACACCAGACAUGCCGACAGAUCAGGUGCAAAUAGCACUAAAUAACCUGGGCAUCUGCAUAAAAAGCGGGUCAUCGGAACUACCCAACAAACACUUCCGCGCCAUCAUGAAAAUGUUGCUCGGCAUGCUGGAGGCGAAUACAAGCGAUGUGAUUAUAGUAGGCCUGCACGUAAUAGGCAAAAUUAUACGCAAUGAAAAGAUGAAAAGCAACUGGAGAAAUUUCCUCGAACUAAUAUUAUUGAAAAUAAUCGAUUGCUAUGGUUUUAGCAAGGAGACACAAAGGGAAAUCGAUGUUAUUAUGCCGCGUAUGGUGCCUGCACUGCCACUCGAUGGUACCAUCAAUAUCAUAAAUCCGGUCAUUGCAACUAGCGUGUAUCCAUUGAAUUUAUGUGCGGUUAAAUUAUUAACCGAAUUAGCAGAUCGCCACGGCAGUGAACUGACUGAAAUGCAACUGGACAGUGUGUUUCCUAACUUGGCACGACUCACUGAUGACUCGCAAUCGAUGAUACGUAAAGCAGCCGUAUUCUGCAUUGUUAAGCUGUAUCACGUAAUGGGUGAAGAAAAAGUCAAACCCAAGUUGACAAUGUUGAAUCCAAGCAAAGUGCGCCUACUAAAUGUGUACAUUGAGAAGCAACGUGGCUCGAGUGGUGGUGGUAGUUCAACGAAAAACUCAUCAACGUCAUCGUCAUGAUUUCGUCGUUAAAAUGCUGCGUAAUGUCUGACAAUUUCCAUUGAGCGUGACAUAACCACAAAUGUGUACGACACAAAAUGUAAACGUAACGUUUAGGGUAGUAAAAAGUUAAUAGCCUGGCACUGGACGGAUGAUAGAUAGUCUCGUCGAGCUGCUUUUAGUACAUUUUAGUUAAUAUAAACAAAAGCAUAUGUUGCAAGAAGGAGUUGUGGCGUUUUUACGUGAUUUUCCACUAAGAAUGAAAACAUUUUUAUUAUAAAUGAAUCAGUCGAUUUGCUUAUGAUUAUUGAUAUAAAUAUUAUAUAUAGUUAAGCAAAUUAUUAUUAAUUUAAUUGUUAUAAAUUAAUUAUAUUUGAAGCGCCCGCCCAGUACAUUGCUGCUGAUGCUGCUGCUGCUGUUGCUGCUGAUUAAUCAACAAAAAAUCAGAAUCUAAAAUAAUACCUAAGGAAUUAUUUAGUGUUAUAGCUGCUGUAAAGAAUCAAUUCCUCCGCAUUGCUCCAAAUGCUCGUUCCAUAUGGAAUCCACAACGUCGCUUUCAAUAUCAAAUAUUUUGUAGCUUUGCUCAUUUUUGUUCGUGUUAAUAUUUUUUCAUAUUAUCUUUAUUGUUUCUUUCUUACUUUGAUUAUUCAAUUUUUGUAUAUUCUAAAAGUGUGUGUCGUUUUUUAAUUUAAUUAACUUUUUUAUAUAUAAUUAAUUUGUGUUUAAACUAUACAAGCUCUUGUUAAGUUCAAUGUGUACAUUUAGGUCGAAAUAUGAAUAAUUUUUAAUACUAAUUUUUAUGCAACAAUAAAAAUAACAAUGAAGCAAACAGUCGAGAUAAUAUCAUAUU